AUGGUGCCAGAAGUUGCAGAAGUUGCUCCAGAAAUACGUAUGAUUUUUCAGAAUCGCGGAUUGCAUAUCAUUUUAAUCAUGUAUAUGCUCAAAAAGAACUCAGCAUCUUAUAAAGAACCAGUAGCAGAACAGAAGGAGCACUUCAUGUUUCCUCCUGAAGUGGAAGAGGAACCUGUGUCAGAAGCAACUACUGAGGAAGAGCCCAAAGAAAAAAGUCCGUUUGACUUUUGGAAAAAGAAGGAGGAACAAGCGAAGAAAGCUAAAGAAACAAACCCUAUCCAGUUUAAGUAUGGCCAAACCCAAGCCGAAGCCGCUCGUAAGGAGAGAGCUUUUAAGCUAAAAGAGAGCAGUCGUUUUAAGUUUUGGAAAGACCGAGAAAAGGAAUACAAAAAAGCUGAAAAACGGAAAAUUCAAAUGCAAAAAGGUGGCAGAGCAGCACUGAAUAUAGAAGACAGGGAUAGUGAAGAAGAUGAAUGA